AUGUUAACGAUUGUAAAAAGAAUUCGAGAAGUAAGGAUGCAGUUUGAUGAGCAGUUUUUUUAUAUUACUAUUUGCCUUUGGUCUUUUUUUGUUCUUUUCUUUACACUUCCUGCAAGCUACAUAUUCAAUCGCAUAAGGGACCUGCGUACAUGGUUCAUUUUUAUCACUCGCUCAGCUCACUCAACGCAUAGACGAAGGGUUGCUUUCAUCCAAAGACAGAUGAAAAAAUGGAACAAUAACGGUCGGAAAACGAAGUUGUGUACUUCGAGGCGUGGCUGGAAGACAUUGGGAGUUUGCCUUCCGAAGUACAAAGAUGGCUGCACAUUAAUAAAUAUUAGUGGUCUCCAAGAUAUAUUAGAGAUAAAUUUGCAACAGGAGUAUGUUCAUGUUGAACCUAUGCUUAAUAUAGGACAAUUAAUCAAAUAUUUGGUUCCGAAUGGUUAUACCUUACCAAUAGUUCCGGAGCUAGAAGAUUUGACAGUUGGUGGCUUGAUUAAUGGUUUUGGAGUUGGGUCAAGUAGUAAGAAAUAUGGUUUUUUUCACGAAUUAUGCCUGUCUUUCGAAUUAGUACUGAGUGACGGGUCACUGGUCACAACGGCAAAGACGGAAGGGGUUGAAAAAGAUUUUGCUUUGUUUUACGGGGUUCCUUUCUCGCACGGUAGUAUCGGUGUUUUGGUAUCAGCAAAGUUGAAGAUAAUUCCGUGCAAGCCGUUUGUAAAGCUGACAUAUGUUCCUUGCAACUCGCUAGAGCUUUCCGCUUGUUUUUUGUGCGCGGAGGACCGUAGCAACGAGUUUGUUGAAGGCAUUCAUUUCAGUCAAGAUUUUGGGGUUGUAGUGAAGGGCUGUUUUUCUGAUGGUCCUGCUAGGAACGAACGUAUAAGUACAAUAGGUAAAUGGUAUCAGCCUCUAUUCUUUGAACACGUUUCAAACGUUGGAGUUUUGGAAGGAUACACGGAACAUGUGCCAGUUGUCCGAUAUUACUGUCGACAUUCAAAAAGCUUUUUCUGGGAAAUUAAGAAUAUUCUUCCUUUUGUUCGAAGUGACUUUUUCCGAUUCUUUCUUGGUUGGAUGUUACCACCUAGAAUAACAAUGCUGAAAGACAGUGUCACGCAUCAGAUUGAAAAUUAUCACAGAAAAAUUAAUGUUAUCUGUAGUUUUUUGCAGUUUUUUCCUAAGAUGUUGUUCGUUGCAUAUUUACUUUGGUUGUUAACUGUUUCACAGAUUUAUCCACUCUGGCUGUGCCCCUUAGUUUUGAAUCCAACUCCUGGUUUUAUGAGACAAAGGGCGGGAAAACGACUACUGUUUUGUUGCAUAGGGAUGUCUGGUACUUUACGAAAGUCCGAUGUUGUUAUUCCUAAUGCACUCAAGAAAAUAGAAGCAUAUUUAAGCUCUAUUAGUGGGUUUAAGAUGGCGUUUGGAGAUUGUUACAUGGACAAACCUCAGUUCUGGGAAAUGUUUAAUUCAAAUUUGUACCACUGGCUACGUGUCAAGUAUGACUGCCAAGAUGCUUUUCCUGACGUCUAUGACAAAAUUUGUUAUGCUGCUUACAGUUAG